CAUAAGUGCGAAACUUGCUCAAAGGUUCGUUGUCCGCCUUGACUCAGUCCAUCUUUUUUCUGUCCCAUCCUGCAUCGCCUUCAUUUGCUUGAUUCGCUCAUUGAUUGGGACUGCCCAUCACACUGAUUCAUUUGACGCUUCGAUGUGGUUGUCUUUAUGUUCACUCCUCUCAUCCAUCUGCCUCUGCCUGCUUCAUGCCGUUGUCGGCUGCGCUGUAUGCCCUAUCUUGGGAAAUUUUUGAUGACGAGAUACAACCCCUUUAUUCCCUUAUUGGUUGACAUGACUCAUCCUGCUGACAUAUGCGGGGCGAGUGACCUUGUCUUACUUUCCCCAUCAUGCACCCUCUUUCGUGAUUUGACGUUGACCAUGAUGUAGAUCUACCGCCAUCCCUCGUGUCUUAUUAAGCACCGCUGGGAACAUACCCCCCAUUGGCGCACGCUGUCGUCUUUACCCCAUUCCGCUUCAGGUGGCGUCCUCACCAAACAUGCGCAAGUGCAACUUCUCGAGGCGGCUGCCAUUCUUUCACACCUGAAUACGGAUACUGGCACCAGUCUCCCGGAGGAUCGGAGCAUGUGGCCUAGAUGGGUCAGCGGUGGCACGCUCGAAGGUGACGGCGACGUUCCUGCCUCGUAUGGGUCAACUGGGUUCGGCUCGGUCGCGAGUGCCAGUGACUAUGGUCAUGGGACUCGGACUACGGGGAGCGUUCCCGGCCCGAGAUUGCAUGACUAUGAGGUUCCGCGAGGCGUUCAGGUCCGCUCCGGUGUCGUCGAGGUUCCUCAUCCCCGUACCGGGCGUUAUGGGAACGGACAUGGACAUGUCCACGGGCAUAGUGUGGGAAGUGCAUGGAGCGUCCCGCGUUCUGUCAGUGUCUCGGCUUCCGUCUCUUCGGAGCAAAGCCGGUCCCGCUCGACGCCCAGCGACGAUGAGGAAGACGACGACCGAGCGUACUCAUACUCCCGAGGCACGCGUGUCUGGAAACAUGAAGAAGAGGAAGAGUUUGGUCUCGAGUUCGAUCUCGGGGGCGUCAGAGAAGAAGAGGGUGAGGAGGAUAUCGACGAGAAGGGCGAGGCUCGUCGCUGGAACGGCAUGGAAGACAUCGACGAUAUCGAUAUGGACAUGGAUUGACAUGCCCAUCCGCAACGCGCCACCAACCAGACGCACGCUCGAAACUUUCCUCUGGGACUGCUUAUCUCCUCUUAGCAUCGCAUAUAUGGACCCGCUUCUCCUUUUACUUUACGGCUUGCGUCUUCGAGCGGAAGGAUUUGAACGAAUCGACGAAUAACUCAACACGAAAUCAAUGUAUCUGUAUCAUUAUAUCUAUUCUUUCUCCCGAAUGUGUUGUACAUACAUCAAAUUCAUGACGCAAUUUUGACGAUGGAA